CCCUAGAGGCGCUGCUAUUUAAGCCGGUGAUUGCAAUUUUUGUUGCUUAUAAAUGAUUUUGUUUUUUUUCUUGAGUUUGAAUUUAAAUUUCAAUUACUAUUUUUCAUCCUACAUUUAUUAAUUGGUUUAAAUCCUCAGCUGUACAGUGGAACAAGCAAAAGGAUUAUUAAAAAUAAGUAACAUUGUUAAAUUAAUGUUACAACAUUUUUAAAAUACAAUUGAAUGACAAACAGAAUAGUAGAAGAGAGAGAAAUAGAAAGAGAGAAAGAAGCAAGAAAGAUUACGAUUUAACAUCACCAUUGCAAAGCUACUGUUAUACUGGUAAUAAACAAGACCGAAAAGGAAAGGAAAGAAAAUAACUAUUCUACUUUACGGUUCUGUGCUUUGUAUCAUAUUUGUUGUGUCUUUGGUUUUCCUUCUUCUUCCCGGUUCUACCAAGACAACUGAAUCGUGUCCGGACAAAAUGACCAAAGAAGUCGAAAUGGAAGUCGACGAUAACGACAAAGUGGCUGCAUUGAAGUUUGCUAGUGAAGUUGAUAAAAUGGUUAACAGAGAGUUAAAAGAAGGUGAAUUUUGGUAUGUCUUGGACAAUAAAUGGUUUCAAACGUAUAAACAAUAUUUACAAGCCUGUGACGAUGACAUGGUCAAUAACCCAGGACCUAUUGAUAAUAGUGACCUUUUCAAAACACCUGAAGGAAAAACGUUGACUUUGAAAGAAAACCUCGUAGAAAAUGAAGAUUUUGUUUAUGUUCCUGCUGAACUCUGGACUAUUCUAGUUAACGAAUUUGGUUUAAGCGGCAAAAAACAUAUGAUUCGUCGUAAAGUUAUUGAUCGUCCAUCGGCACGAGCAAGCUAUAAGCUACUUGAACUUUAUCCAGUAGAACUAAAGUUAUGCCUUCAUGGUACCAAACAAGAAAUCAUAACAGCACAGUUCAGUCAAGUAACGACUUUGAAAGAAUUGGAAAAAGAGAUGAGAAAACUUUUCAAGGUAGAUGAUAAAGCAGAAACUCAGCUAUGGGCAUGCGGUUCUCUUUUAAAUGCAUAUGACCCAUCAGAACCCAAGAAAAAUGAUGAUCAAACUCUUGUGGAAGCGAGCCUUUCUAGUGGCGCAAUUGUUACUUUAGAGGUUCAAAAUUCGGAUGGCUCAUGGCCAAGUAGUCGACCUCGUUUUGGGGCGAUCGCCACUCGAUCAUCAAAAAUAACUCCAGGUCUUUGUGGAUUAAUGAAUCUUGGAAAUACGUGUUUUAUGAAUAGUGCCCUUCAGUGUAUGUCUAAUACUCCACCAUUAACCGAGUAUUUUGUGAAUGACAAAUAUUGGGAUGAAUUAAACGUGGAUAACCCUCUUGGAAUGGGCGGAGAAAUCGCAAAAACUUAUGGUGAUCUUAAUAAAGCAAUGUGGUCCGGACUUCAUUCCUUUCUCUCUCCUCGUGAAUUUAAACAAGCGGUCGGAAAAUUUUCUCCGCAGUUCAGUGGAUUUCAGCAACAAGACUGUCAAGAAUUGAUGGCUUUCCUUCUCGAUGGACUUCAUGAAGAUUUGAAUCGUGUUAAAAAGAAACCUUACAUAGAAAUAAAACAAGAGAUUGACAAAAGACCUGAUUCGGUCGUUGCCGCUGAGUCAUGGUCCAACUAUCUUAAAAGAAAUGAUAGUAUCAUUGUUGACACUUUCCAUGGUCUUCUCAAAUCAACUUUAGUCUGUCCGGAAUGUGAUCUUGUUAGUGUAACUUUUGAUCCAUACUGUUACCUUUCCUUACCGCUGCCUGUUAAGAGAGAAAGAGCCAUUGAUGUAAUGUUUGUGCCUGCUAGACCAUUAACUGUUGGACCAGAGAAAAAGAUUAAACAGGUUAUUAAAAUUUGUAAGCUAACGGUUCCCAAAGUGGGCAUUGUACCAGAUAUUUGUAAUGCUGCGGCUAGAGCUAUCAACGAAAGUAAAGAAAUUAAUGGUUUUACAGUUAAUCCGUCAAAUUUAAUCGUUACAGAAGUCAACCAUUAUCGUCUCACCAGAGUGUAUAAUCAAGAUGACUCCUUCUCGUCCAAUGCCGAUGAAAUCUAUAUUUUUGAAAAACUGGAUGAUUGUACAGCUUUACCUGUUUACAUUAGAAGGGUUAAGGGUGAAGACUCAGCUGUCCUUUUUGCUAAACCUUUCUUUGUCAAUAUUAAACAGUGUACUUAUGAAGCAUUGUAUAGUGCAGUGAAAAAUUAUGUGGAAACAUUGAUGGAUGAACCCGGUUUUACUAAAGAGACGACCACUCAGAACAAUGAUGGAGAUGAGGAAAUGGGAGCUGGUGCUAAUUCGGAUAAUGGUGACACUACAAGUAAUAAUCAAGUUAACCAUAAAACACCUACAUCUACAGUAACAUCUGCAUCACUUUCACCAGAAACUGCCUCAUCAUCAGUAUCAAAUACACCAACUAACUCUGCGACAGAAGCCACAACAUCAGCUAUAGCACCAACAGCAACAGCAUCAACAGCAGCAGCAGCAAGUGGCGAUGAAAAAGAAUCACCAAUGGAUGAUAAAGAAGAUGGUGAAGUAGAGGGUGAAGAUGAACCAUUCACUCUCAGAUUAAUAAAUAGUUUUGGAACCAUGCCUUUGGGCAAAAUUAGUAAAGAUAAACCUCUGGAAUUGGGAAGUAAAACUUUUAUUGCUGCUGAUUUUACCAAACGAUUCAGAAUUCGUUCAAUUGAUAAUGAAGAGACCAUGCUGCGAAUGAAUCUUCAAAAGAGUACAAGUAAUGUUGGUAAAUCUCAUAACUUAAGUGAAUGUAUCGAACAAUUUACAACAACGGAAAGACUCGGUGAACAUGAUCUAUGGUACUGUCCUAGAUGUAAAAAACGUCAGCAAGCAUCGAAAAAAUUCGACAUCUGGUCCCUACCCAAAGUAGCCAUUUUUCAUCUUAAAAGAUUCUCCUAUUCCAAAUAUUGGAGAGACAAAUUGGAUACUUUUGUUAACUUUCCCCUGUAUAAUCUAGAUUUAGGACAAUAUUUGAUCAAUAAUCCGAAAAAAGAGAAGAUCUUAUAUAAUCUUGUAGCCGUUGCCAAUCACUAUGGUGGCCUUGGAGGUGGUCAUUAUACGGCUUACGGUAAAAAUAAAGAGACUGGAACUUGGUAUCAUUUUGAUGAUUCAAAUGUAUCACAAGCUUCUGAAGAUGCUGUUGUAUCUAAGGCCGCUUAUGUACUCCUUUACCUGCGUCAAGAUUAAAGAGUCGGUGAAAUUAACUAACAAAUUAUGAUAUUUAAUUUUGUUUUAAUCAUAUUUUUGGGCGGAAAAGAUCACAUAUAUAUACACACACAAUCAAGCACACCCUUAUUUGAAUACAUUAGACCUUCGUUUUCAAAGAGAGAGUGAAAUUGAUGGGAUUUAUCAAGAAAAGAAAAAAGAAGCUCCAUAGAAAGUAACAUUGUUUUUGUUUUGUUAAUCCGAAAGUGAUGGUUUAUUGUAAAAAAACAAACUUAUACAUAUUAUUAUAUAAUGUACACUUACAAACUUAUACAUGAGCUGCUGAUUAUUCCUCUAAAUACCUCAAACAUAUAUAAGCCAAAAGGCAACAGUAACUCGACGUUUACUAUCCACAAUCAUACCAUGAUGUCUGAUUAUGGAGAUAAAAUCUUGCAGUUGUGACUAUGUGACAGUUUUUCUGUUCCCUUUCUAUUUCAACUUUUACUUAUAUGGAUAAUGAUGAUUUUGUUAUUUUUGAUGAUAAAGCAAACACCUUUUUUCAGCUUCCAGGACCAGAGUUGGAUGCAAACACACAAGCCCAAAAAGUGAAAGAAAUAGAUCAAUAUUGUUGUAAAGAAAAGAUUAAAUAUGAAAACUUUAUCAAUUUUUGAUGACGUUAAUGAUUGAAAGUUGGAAAUCGUCAUCUUUAAUAUCAAGCAAUCUAAAAUGUCCAUGAAACAAAAUUGAAUUGGAAUAAGUUUUAAUCUGAGAAGAAAUGUAAACUAACAUGAAUGGUUAAAUGCAAAUUGGUGAUAGCAAACAAAAUAGAUUAACAAGAACCGUUUCUCAGUCUUCCAUUGAUAAUUCACUGUAACUGUCUUUAAACACAUUUCCUUUUUCCUUAGUGUGUUUCACCAGUCAGUGAAAAGCUUUACAAAUUUAACUUGAAUCUAAAAUUAACUCAAAUCCUUGGUUUGGAUGAUGCUGAUGAAGAGCGAAGUGAAUCAUCUUUUUUUAACUCAAUAUUGGUAUUUAGAUCAAUGUCUGUAAAGACAAGCAAAGACCAGAAAAAGAAAAAUGGAAAAAUGAAAUCGAAACACUUUGUUAUUGAUUGAAAAUGUCAGAUUGGGUGAUCAAUGGGAUAAAUAGAUUUUAAAUCAUUAAAAGUGAAACACUAGAAAAAAAUAAAUUUAUUAUUAUUUCAUGUCUCAAGAUAAA